AUGAUGCUGGGACUAUUCAAUAUCUUUUUACUGCCCGUUUUGCUCUUUGUACUGCCUUUCAAGGGGGCAACAAUAAGCCUGGCAAGCAGCUUCUCAUUGACACCAACACAAAGAUUUGAAGGGCCAACUAAUAUACCGACUGCUAUUCUCUCGCUGGAUUCCACAGUAGAGAGUCUCAAGGGGAAUGAGAGCUCGAGUCAGAGCGGGCACCACACAGACUUCUUGAGCCUCAUCUGUCCAGCAAGCAGUCUUUCCCCCGAUGUGACGGUGCCACCAAGUCGAGAUCAAAACAUUGAGGAACUGGAACUCAUGCUGCUUGACAAUGGACUAGAGCAAGCUGCAAACAAACUCUGGUUGGCAUUUUACGGCGGAGAAGCGACUUCUACUGCGCCCAGCGUGGAAGAAUGGUCCGCCCAACAUCUCGAGAUGCUCAAGGACAUAGAUCUUCCAGGCGAAGAAGGAACACCUCCUGCAGCACAUAGAUCACAGCUUUUCUUUCUUCGUAGCAUGCUAGCGAGUGGUUCGGAGGUACCUGAGGAGAGAUCAGGCUUGCAAGAGGCACUUUUGAAUAAACUGCGGAGCAUUGCUGGCGUGGCUCUUGGAGGUAGUGCUAUUGGAAAUCACCUCGGGCAUGCACAUGAGUCUGUCCAAGAAGUGCACCAGCAUAACUAUCUGGAGAAAAAUAAAGCCACGGAGCCGACUGGGUCACCGCUCCCGCGCUCAAUAGUGCCUAUAGUAGGAACACGCAACCCUUUUUUCGUUAUGGGACAAGUCAAUACACUUGUAGAAGCAGGGGUGCCAGUCGAGCCAGGGAUGCCGCUGCUGCAUAAUAUGAAGCGACUGCACACCGAAACCUGCCUCCCUAGCGCAGACGGCAGUGUUCACAUCCCUUGUGUUCUUGAAGAAUCAAGCCUUUUUGAAGAAUCACACGAGCUAACAAAAAUCAGCGAUGACUUCGAUCAACAAGUUCUGCACAGUGCUCGUGCAGAAUCGCUUAAGCAGGCACAUACGACGAUAUCAGGACUUGGGGCACUCGAUUGCAAGAUUAGUUCACACCGAGCAAAAAGUUUCAGUGGGGCUGAUUGGGGUUUGCAGCCUGUUCUCGUUGAUGAUAUCCUCGAACAAGGAAAGGCAAGGACACUGGAACGUCUUAACGUGGCUGUUGCCACGAUGCUUACAACAUCAUCUCUCGAUUCCACUUCAAGUUACUGGCUGGCUUUCGAUCACCGCACAGUGCAACAAGCCAUUGAAGAUCUAAAGAAAAGCGUCUUGCAAAUUUUGGGUUCGCUACAAAUGGAAUCCGUUGCUACAAGACUACUGCGAGGCUCUCUUAGUGAAAUUUCACAUGAAGAGUUCGAAGCAGUUGUCUCUCGCCUGCGCAACCUUGGCGAAACAACAGAUGGCCUGCGUGCUGCUCUUGCCCUUUAUUCGAUAUGGUAUCCGCGACAGAAGGAAAUCGCCCUCCAAAACCGAACGUGGGUUAAAAUUUUGUACUCUCACGGGUUUGUCCCCGACUUCGUAAGAAACAUCUAUUUCAGGUCUACUGCAGGGGUACUAAAGCGAGCGAGAGAAAAAAGGAUCCAGAAAGCUAGAGAAGUUCUGAGGAAAAACCUGCCUUCGGCUUUCUUCAAGAACCUUUUUCGCCCGUUCAAGUUUACUGCUCACAGCGCCGCCCUAAUGCAAAUUAUUAACUUUCACUCAAUGAAACACGACGAAGCAGUAGGAGAUAUGAAAAAGCGCAUUGGUGAAGGGCCUUCUCCCUUACUGCGUCAGAAGGCGGUCUCAGCUUUAAUGGACGCGCAAAUCCAGGCUUGGGCAUCACACGGAUUGUCAUCUACGCUGCUCGAAUCACAUGUAGACUUCGCAACAUUCAAAAGGGCAUGGAGCAAAAUCGACUUAAAGGGACUUCCUUUGCCAGAUCUUACAGAUUGGUGGUCCCGUCUUCAUUAUUUCGUGGUGCAGGGGCUAGAAUCAUACUUGGCCCUAGAAAAGCAUUUGGAGCCAUUAGAAGACACCGUGUACACACUGGCCACUGAUUCACUCAAUAAACUAAAAGCUGAUGGUGGUCAAACUCUAUUUUUCACCAGAGUGGCCUAUAAAAAAAGACAAGGCCCUUUGCGCCGUCUUUGGGAAGGUGCAAAGAAGUCCCUCAUGAGCCUGCUGUACCGCUCACCUAGCAGGCAGCAUGGUGUUUGGUUUGGUGUGACAGUUGAUUUUGAUCAACUACAUGGUCUUCUUGACCAACUGAAGGAAGUAAUCGAAGCUGCACCAAGCCUCGGAAUCAAAGUGAACAUGCAAGAAGCACUACUACGUGAAGUGGAGACGGAGCUUCGUGUCCAAGGUGCAGAUGUUUCACGAGUGCCUUUUCUGGAAGAAAGGAAUAUUGGAAUGUUAGGUGUGCGCCGCGACUACGGCAGUUUGUCUGAGGCAGCUCGAGAAGAAGAGUUCCAAGCGUCAAUGUGCCUUGACCAUUGUAGAGGCCUAUGGCAGAUGGCACUCAGCGGCAUGCUGCCAACCAUGCUGCGUCCAGAGACAAUGCAGCGGUAUGAAAAAGCAUUCGGCACAACCUGGGCACUCAAACACCUUUCAGAUCCAGCCCUUGUAAAUUCAAGACGAAUGAUCCUAAAGAGCGACGCAGCCCUGAGCUUUUUUGAUUAUUCAACUCCGAAAGAAAUCCGAGAAGAACUCAAAGGACUGGAAAGCGGCCAAGCUACAAUGUUCGCUUAUUACAUGCUAUUUUCUUCCCGGGUCCAGCAGCGUCUUGGUAACCAGUACUUAGGCUUGCACCUACGCCAGCAAGCUCCCUUCAUGGGUAACAUGCUGCUAGAGUGGAUUUCAACUAGAAGGCGGCAUGCAGUUGCUGCUAUCAUUUCUUCCUUUGUUCUUACUUUUAUGGGCAUUUACGCGGCCAUGAGUUUCCUCGAUAUUCUACAGAACCUUACUGUUUCCGGAGCAUCACCCCCAUUUGACUGCGUUUGGAACCCUGUCUUCCAAGAGAUGGCUUGCAAUCCUGUUCCUGGCGGAGCGGCGCUCGGCACAGCGUGGGUAACAGCGCUUGAACAGGUCUUUCUUAUUGGACUGUUUUCGGGAUCAGCUGGAGGAAUGUCGCUCGUCUUAACGAUUAACUCUGCAAUCGCUGUCAUUGUCAACCAGUCCAAGACGCUCAUGCGUCUACAAAUGUGCUUAGGAUCAACUGUUAUGGGGCUCCUGCGGAAAGGUGCAAGCUCCUUUUCACGAGUCCGUCAGUAUUUCGACAAACGCCGGGCUGUGAAGCGAGUUAUGCUCCAGCGAGCGCUUGCUGGCAUGAAGAGUGGUUCAACUGCAACCCUUAUGAGCAACUCAGAAGCCACGGAACUCGCAGACGGUGUCCUUGCCAAGCUCAUUGGCACAAGCCGUGCCACUCUUGUGAAGGGACCUAGCCCAAAAGCGUCGCCAAAGUAA